GUGGGUCAUCGCAGAUCUCGCUGGUCAGAAGAUGCAGCCGAUGAUGAUCUGGGGCCCUUCAAUGCCAUCCUGCCGCCAAAGCAGCCGGUCGAAGCCGCAGAGGAGGAUGACGACCUCGGACCCUUCAACGCCGUCCUCCCGAAGCGCACCGCGCCGCCGGCAGACGACGACCUCGACCUCGGCCCCUUCAACGACAUCCUGCCGCCCAAGGCGGCACCGGCACCGGAGGAGGACGAGGCAGAUGACGAUGAUGAUCUGGGCCCCUUCAAUGCCAUCCUGGGCCGGAUGUGA